AUGCCUCAUGCAUUGGAAAACUCACUGCAGGUUCUCUUUGUUUGUACUGCAAAUGUUGUGGAAAUGAUACCCAAUCCUUUGUUGGAUAGAAUGGAGGUGGUUGCAAUUGCUGGGUAUAUUACCGAUGAGAAAAUGCACAUUGCAAGAGAUUAUUUGGAGAAGACUACGCGCGAAGCAUGUGAAUAAAAACCUGAACAAGUGGAAGUUACUGAUGCUGCUCUUCUUGCCUUGAUAGAGAAUUACUGCCGGGAAGCAGGGGUCAGGAAUCUCCAAAAGCACAUUGAGAAAAUAUACCGGAAGAUAGCACUUCAACUCGUGAGGCAGGGAGCAACAAUUGAACCUCCUCUAGCUGAUGCUCAGGAUAUUGAACCUAAAGAAGCCAAAGUAGAUUUUCAGGAUAGGUUAGGAGAGAAUUGUGGUCAAGAAAAAACGAGUGGAACCUCUAUAGAGGUUGACAAGGAGCAAACAGAACUACCAGCCGAUCACUCUGAAUGCCCCGCCAAUGAAGCUGCGGACCUAGAGGACAAAAAAGAAAGUGAGAAAGAUCGGGAAAGUGAAUCAACAAUGACAGUUCAAAAAGUCUUGGUUGAUAAAUCCAAUUUAGCAGAUUUUGUUGGCAAACCUGUCUUUCAUGCCGAACGCAUCUAUGACCAGACACCCAUUGGGGUUGUCAUGGGUCUUGCUUGGACUUCAAUGGGUGGUUCCACACUGUAUAUAGAGACUACUCGCGUUGAGGAAGGGGAGGGAAAAGGUGCACUGCAUCUCACUGGUCAGUUAGGAGAUGUCAUGAAAGAAAGUGCUCAGAUUGCUCACACGGUUGCCAGAGGCAUAAUAGCAGAGAGAGAGCCAGAGAACUCAUUCUUUGCGAAUGCAAAGCUUCAUCUCCAUGUUCCCGCUGGGUCCACACCCAAGGACGGACCCAGUGCUGGUUGCACCAUGAUUACUUCACUGCUUUCCCUUGCCAUGAAGAAGCCCGUGAGGAAGGAUCUAGCAAUGACUGGGGAGGUGACGCUUACCGGAAAGAUCCUCCCAAUUGGUGGGGUUAAGGAGAAAACUAUCGCGGCUAGAAGGAGUGAGGUCAAGACCAUCGUGUUCCCUUCAGCGAAUCGGAGAGACUAUGACGAGCUGGCGCCUAAUGUGAAAGAAGGCCUUGAUGUUCAUUUUGUUGAUGAUUACAUGCAGAUAUUUGACUUAGCUUUUGGCCACGAGCAGAGUUAGAAAGUGAAGGUACUCUUACGAAAAAUAUAAUAUCAUGUCGCACACCUUGAAGGCCUUUGAGAUAAAAUUCUUUGUUGUGCUGCGGAAUGCAGCCUGAUUUUUGGAGUCCCAUCACUUCUGUGUAUUUGGUUGAGUUUUCUUCUUUUCCGGAAACGUACGGUGCAUAAUUUUUUUAAAUAUAAAUUCAAUUGUAACAAGAAUGUAUGUAUUUGAGGAUGUAAUUCCUUUGAGGUGUUUACGGUUUAAGAGAAACGCUAUAAUAAUGCCACAACAUUCAUAUUGAUCCGUCUUCAUAAAUUA